AUGGACGACGAGCCUCCACUCUUCGAGCGCUUGGGAGGGCAUGAGACCAUUGAAGCCAUCGUCUUUGAGUUGUACGACCUCAUGCGAGCGGACAGCUUGCUAGGUCCGCAGUUCGAGCGCUUCGCUCCCACGGUGAAGACCUUCCAUCGGCUGAAGGUGCGCACCGUGGAGUGGCUCGAGUGGGUGAUCGGAGGACCUACGAACUACGAUGGGCCCGAUCUGUAUGUAGCUCAUGCAUCGAUGCAUAUCGAUGACCUCUCGUACUCUUUGAUGAUGAACUUGUACAAAGACGUCUUGUCGCGCGUGUCCACCAUCGACGACCUCUCCAAGGAGGAGUUGUUGUCACUGCUGGAGGCCCAGCGGGGUCCCAUCGUGGACAUCAACAAGGAGUUUGCCCGAGAAUUUGAAGAACGCAUGGAGAAGCUGCGCAAGGAACGGGAGUUGAAGAAGGAGAAGUUCCGGCAGCAGAAGGCGGCCAAAGCGAAGGCCAAAGCAGCGGCACAGGCUGCGACCGCGCAACAAGCAGCCGCUGCCAAGGCCAAGCCGAAGCCGAAGCCUAAGGCUCAAGUCGGUAAGCCCGCGAAGGGUUUGGCAACUUCCAGAGAGAAGGAACAAGUGCUGGACAAGCCUGUCCCAAGUGUGAAGAUCAUCGAAAGUGACUUCAUUGCCUCGGCGGACGAAGCGCCCAUGGCGAAGGCAGGAAUCACAUCGCUUCCGCAGCUGAAUCGGGACUGGGCGUGUGCCGCGGGAUUCGCUGGGAACGCCACCAACGAGUGCCGCUUCAGGGAGGAUUGCGUAGGUGAGACGUUCCUGUCAGAGUGCAUUCCAGUCUCGCAUUGCGCGCUGCCCUUCUUGGACCCAUGCACUGUGGAGCACCGGUGCGGUGAGACCUUGCAGCCUGGGGAGACGUGUGAGUUGCGAUGCCCGACGCCCACGCAAGGCACUCCGGGCUUCGCCUACUGCCCCCAGCUGAACACCGAACCUGGUGCCUGGGCGGAGAUUCAGCUGCCUCAAUGUGAGUCUCCUUGCAUCUACUUGGAGAACGUGCAGGCUCCCUCGAACUUCCUCAGCUGCGUGGACUUCCCGGGCGCCUGCACGGCGGCGGAAAACCUCACAGGUUGGGCCUGUGCAAGUGGCUUCGGAGGGAACAACAGCAUCUCCUGCCACAUCGACAGGGAGCGUGAGUGCAACGCCAGCUACGUCUUUGAAGGCUGCAAGCCUCUGACGAAAUGUGCCGGCCUUGAAAACAUCGACCCCUGUCAGUACAUUCACAGCUGCAUUCCAGGGCUCUUGCCCGGGGAUGCCUGUGAAGUUCGCUGCAGGCCCCCCGACUUCGUGGGUGACCAAACCGUAGGCCUCUGCUCGUGGGAGAACACGGAUCCUUUGAAGCCACCGGCGAUUGCUUGGCCGACCUGCCUGCCGCAGUGUACCGAGCCACGCGACGCGCCGCCGGCAGGCUACAGCUACAACGCCACCUUGGACGAGUGGAGCUGCGCUGACGGAUACCUAGGCGAAGCGGUGUCCCACUGCGGCCCGAACUUCCAAUGUGCCCUCAGCUUCACCCUGAGCGGGUGCGUGCAAAAGGUGCCGUGUCAAAGGCCGGUGAUCCCCGCUGGCUGCUUCUAUGCUUCCACGUGCUCCAAUGAGAUUUUGCCCGGCACGAGCUGUGAGAUCCAGUGCAAGAGCCCGUACUUUGGCAACGCGACCACUGCCAGCUGCGACGAUGAAAACACCCUGGUGAACGCGGACACGGACUACGAGUUGCCGAACUGUAGCCUUCAAUGCCCAGACAUCCCAGUGGACCUCACUGAGGCUUAUGUGCGUGCAGCUGAUGGAACUUGGGAAUGCAACAGCAGCGGAUACCUUGGAAGACCCGUCACGACGUGUAGCGAAGUGGACUGCGUGGGCAUUUUGAGCAUCAGCGGCUGUUUGCCCAUCGUCCCGUGCCUCUCCCCGGACCCCAGGUCCUUAGACAUUUGCCAGUUCAGCUUCUCAGGCUGCGACACCUUGACGCCCGGCACCAGUUGCAAUGUGAGCUGCGAAGCGCCAUACAUAGGAGGAGGCACCACCGCCACCUGUCCAGACAUGAACACUGAUCCCAUGGCCACGAUCCAGUUCGAGAAGCCCAAUUGCACUCUCCUUUGCCCUGAGCCGGAUCCCGUCCCUGCAGGCUAUGUGCGUGGCACCGACCGUUGGCUCUGUGCCACAGGCUAUGUGGGCACGGCCUCGGCCUCCUGUUUGGUGGAUCGCUUCUUCUCGAACAGCCAGGGCGUUUGCGUCACCAGGACGGAACUCACCGGCUGUGUGCCGCUGCAGCCCUGUGUCUUGCAGCCCAGCGCUGGAUGCGAGUUCGACACCUCGAACUGCAGCUCAGUGCCAGCUGGCGGCUCCUGUGAGGUCCGCUGCCGAGUGCCCUUCUCAGGGAUCCCCUCGCUGGGGCACUGCCCUGCAGAGAACGUCGACCCGCAGACCACGGUGCUCGUCGAGAUGCCGACCUGUAUCCUGGAUUGCCCUGUGCCGGACGUUCUGCCGGAGGGCUACAACAUCUCCUUUGGCGCUGCAAGAGAGGAAGGCUUUGCCAACUCCAUUCUCGGUCAGGAUCCCAUCUCCGGGCGCAGCGCGCGAGUGGAGCGCCGGGGCUACUUCGACUGCGAGGAGUCUUGGGCGGGGAACCUCACGGUGACCUGUGCGGUGGAUCCGGACUGUGACUGGAAGAUCGAGUUUGCCGGCUGUCGCCCCACUGUGCCCUGUGCACCGCUGGAUCUGACCCUGCCACCCUGCGGACUCGUCGCCCCGAACUGUGCGGAAGUCGCCUCUGGGCGCAGCUGCACCGCCACCUGUGCCCAGCCCUGCACGGGAGAGUCUGCGGAGCUUUGGUGCCCCACAGGCAAUACGGAUCCCUUGCAGCCGCUCAUGGGAAAGAUGCCCAACUGCCUCACAGAGUGUGACUUCGUCCCCGCAGGCUAUCGGCGCAACACAGCGAAGGAGAGUGGCUGGGAAUGUGGCCUUGGAUACACCGGCGAAGCAGAAGUCUACUGCCUGCCCUCAGGGCCUGGGCGGGUGUGCGAGACUGAGAUCCUCUUGCAGGGCUGCACGGAGAUGGUGCCUUGCGGCCCUGGGAACUUCGACCCGUGCCACUAUGACCUGAGCGACUGCCUGUCGGUGCCAAGGGGAAGCAGCUGCACCAUCCACUGUGCCGCGCCCUUCUCGGGGCCUUCCUUCAAUGCCACCUGCCCCAGUCGCAACACGCGGGUGAACGACGGUCUGGUUUGGGAGGCGGACAGCUGCCGCAUUGCCGAAUGUCCCGAUCCCAACAUCACCAAUGAAACCUCGGUGGAGUUCGACGCCCACGGCCGCGUCCAGUGCCGCAGUGGCUUCGCGGGUGUGCCGCAGCGGCAGUGCGCCGGCGUGGGCCGCGAGUGCCGCGCCGAGGCCAUCUUCUUGGGUUGCGAGCCCAUCGUCUCCUGUGGAUCUCCGAUUUUGGACUUCUGUCGCCAUGAAGAGGCCUGUCAGUCCACGCUGCCAGGCGCUGACUGCGUGGUACCCUGCAAGUAUCCCUUCUACGGCGUCGGCAUGCUGGCCAGCUGUCCGGAGAACAACACCGAUGAAGUUCAGCAGCCCUUCUUGGGCAGUGACUUCUGUGAACUGGGCUGCGAGGAUCCUUUGCAGCCGCCCCCAGGCUAUAGCAAGGCCAAUGGCUCUUGGGCCUGUGCAGAUGGUUGGGCGGGCACCGUGCAUUUGCAAUGUGUCUUGAACGACACGGAGAUCGUCAACGAGACCUGUGGGUCCUUCCUGAACUUCAGCGGUUGCCUUCCCCUACAGCCCUGUGUGCGCCCUGCGAGCCUGGACGUGUGCGUCUACCAGGUUGUGAUUGCCACUACAUCCAAGAUGUACAGCUACAGCCUCAAGGAGUACUUGGAGUUGGACCACGAGUUGCUGCCGGGCGCGAUGGUCCCGGUGCGCUGUCACUAUCCGCCCUUUAAUCCAGAGGACGUGGUGGAAGAAGGGCUUCUGUGUCCCGGGGACAACGUGCAGGUGGGCCGCGAAGCUCAGAUCUUGGCACUGCCCAGUUGCGAGGUCUUUUGCCCAAGCCCUCCACCACCACCAGGCUAUGUGAAGUUGCACGACUUGUUGAGCUUUGGAGAGAAUGACACUGGUGUGGAGAUCAACAGGGAUCCGGCCUACACGUGCGCAGAGGGUUGGACGGGCACAGCCAAUCACAGCUGCAGCAUCAACCGCAGCGAUCACUGUGCGGUGCCUGUGACCAUCUCGGGCUGCUUUCAGCUGGUGCCCUGCAAACCCAUCGACCCCAGAUCCUUCGAUGUCUGUACCUACAACAUCUCUGAGUGCCAAGAGAGGAGCCAGGACACCAUUGGUCCCUAUACUGGGCCUUUACCCAACACCACGUGCGAGCUCACCUGCCGUGAGCCCACUAUAGGUGGAGCGACGACGGCCAUGUGCCAAGAUUUGAAUAUCAAUCCCAACAGGUUGAUGGAAUAUGACCUGCCCACGUGCGAGAUGUAUUGCCCCAAGCCAGACGUCAUCCCCACGGGCUAUGAACACUUGGGCACUACCGUGCAAGAGGACGCCAGCCUUGAAUAUCGCUGCGCGGAGGGCUAUGGCGGCACCCCUUCGGUGUCGUGCUACUUGCGAGGUGCUUAUAGCAGUGUCACGCAGUCGGUGGCCUGUAGCACGAUCGUGGACUUCGAGGGAUGCCGCCCGUUGCAGUCCUGUCGUGCUCCGGAGGUGGAUAGCUGUCGCCAUGAUGUGCAGCAAUGCCAGUCGCUUCAACCGGGACAGAGGUGCGAGGUGACCUGCACCUAUCCCUUGGAAGGCGCUCCCGCGACCUUCGAAUGCCCCGCCGACAAUGUGGUUCCACAGAGGGUGCUGGUGGGGACCCUACCCGCCUGUCGCUUCCCUUUCGACUGUGAGGAACCCAUCCCAUUGCCCGAUGGCUAUGUGAAGGUCAACGAGACCAGCUUUGAAUGCGCGGAGGGCUAUAUUGGUGAGGCGCAGUGGGAUUGUUUUUUGGCGCGUUUGUGCUCUCCGAUCCUGGUGCUCAGCGGGUGUGACCGCUUGGUGCCUUGCGCUCUCCCCGCCCUGGAGGACCAGCUGUGUGGUCUCAACUACACUGCUUGCGCCAAUGUUUGGGGUGGUCAGAAUUGCAAGGUGCCGUGUUUGCCCGGCUUCCUGGACAACAGCAGUGAGAUGAGCGAGAGCGAAGUCUUGGAAGGCAACCUCAGCGAUGGUUUCGCCUGCCCCGUAGACAACAAGGACCCCACCCAGGUGAUCCACUUCCAAGCCCCUGAGUGCAUCUUUCAGGGCUGUGUGGAUCCAAGUCCACUUCCAGCAGGUUAUGUGAAGAUGAAUGGCACCUGGAGUUGCGAUGCCGGAUUCGUGGGCGAGGUGGAGGAAGAGUGUGACACCUGCAAUGCGAGCCUCACGCUUUCAGGUUGUUUCCCGCUGCUGCCCUGUGUGGCCCCGCGCAUUGACGAGUCCUGUGUCUUAGAUCUCUCCAAUUGCAGCAGCCUGGCGCCGGGCGAGACUUGCACCGUGGAAUGCCAAGCACCUUUCCAGGGUGAGCCGACCUAUGGAACGUGUCCAGCCGACAACACGGACCCGCAGCUUGAGUUCAACGUCACGCGACCCGACUGUCGCUUGGUUUGUCCUUGGCCGGAGACCGUUCCGCUGGGCUACACUUGGACGGAAGGAGCUUGGGCGUGUUCCAAUGGUUACCACGGCCUGGCGGUCUUCGAGUGCCACCUGGAAGACGACUGCACCGCACGGCCGGAGCUCAAAGGUUGCAAUGCUCCGCAGCCCUGCGCGGCGCCCUUAUUGGAUCGGUGUCAACACAUCGAUGCCUCUGAGUGUUCGUCCCUGGAGCCCACCGAGGCCUGCAACUUGACCUGCCUGGAGCCCUUUCUGGGCGAGCGGACCAUCGCAGUCUGCCCCUACGACAACCCCAGUGCCUCGAAGGGGCCAGACUUCCUGGCGCCACGCUGUGUGAAGCCCAGUUGUCCAGAAGUGGUUCCACCAGGCUACCAGAAGACAGCCGAGCGUGGAUGGAGCUGUGCUCGUGGUUAUGCUGGAGAGGCCCAUCAGUCUUGCGUCUCCGACCAUGACUGCUGUGAGUUGCAUUUGCACCUGGAGGGUUGUCGCCCUAUCGUGGGCUGCCAACUGCCGGUGGUGGACGAAUGCGAGCUGGAUCUCACGGAGUGCCGGGACAUCUGGGCGGGUGAGGAAUGCACCAUUCGUUGCCGGCCGCCCUUCGUGGGCAUGGCGACCACGGGCAGCUGCCGUGGGGAGAACACCGAUCCUUUGGAGAUGUUGAACUGGACCGCACCCAGAUGCCAGAUCCCCUUUUGUGCGCGCCCGAUGCCGCCACCCAUGGGCUACAUCUACAGCGGCUUGCAGGAGCUGUGUGCUCCAGGCAGAACCGGUGAAGUGGUGAACACCGAAACGACAUGGCUUUGCUGGGAGUCCAAGAGCCACGUGUCGCGGCGGGCAUCCCAACACAGGAUGUCAAGCGCCACCGAUGGAGCUGACGGGUUGCGCACCGAUCAUCAGUUGCCGGGGGCAUGCCUUCGGCCCUAUGAACCUCCACACCCUCGUGCCACGCGCUCACCUCACGCGCACGCCGUGCCCGAAGGAAUCUCCAGUACACGGACCUUGGAGACGGAGCCGCCGCCCACGUCUGAGGCUCCUGCGGCCACAGCCUGGCUCCGUGCUGCGCGACGCACCGCCGAAGGCAAGAGGGACAGCGGCGCUCAUUGGACCGCGGCCUGGGAGUCCACCGAGGCCUGGUGGUUGCGGCCGGUGGCCUUGUUGGUCACCGCGCUCUUCACGUCGGUGGCCAUCGUCCAGCAACUGCCCGGCGCCUACCUCAGGGCCAUCGUGGCAAAGAAACCCAAGGUGACUGAGCUUCGCCCUGGUGAGAUGGUCUUUCAGGAGCGGCCCAUGACCAUGGAGAUGCGUCGGGAGAUGCGUGUGCGGAAGUGCUUGAGCGCCUUCCAACGCAUGGAGCUUCCCCUCUUCGGCACCUCCGCCAGCUGGUCCGAGAAGGACUCCGGUGUGUUGGUCUCCGUGAAUCCGCGCACCACGGCCGUGCUGGAGGAUUGGCCCGGCCACGUGGACUUCUUGAAGGACACGGUCGACCAGGCGCUGGAUGCGGAAUCGCUCAACGAGAAGGAGACGGUCUUGCAUCUCCUGCGCCAGGAGGACGACUCCUAUCAGCUGCUGGUGCGCUUCGUCACCCCGAGUUCCGAGUCCAGUCCAUUCGACGGCAUGAGCGCGUUGAUGUCUCUGGGUCUCGUUUACCUCGCCACUCAGUGGGACUCCGCCCUGCGCGCCACCUCCAGCGACGACCUUGCCGUUUUGGCCUUGGCGCUGCUGCCGGUGCUGCUCUCAGAGCUCGCGCGCGAGCUCACGGCGCGGGCACAAUCGGUGAAGAUGGCGAACAGGACCUUUCUACCUUCACCGCAGCUGAGCCUCUUGGGCACCUUCUGCACCCCCUCCACGGCCUCGCCCAACAAAACGGCGCAGCUGCAGUUGGCCUUGAGCGCUCCCCUCACACUGGCCACGCUCGCGCUCCUCCUGGGCGCGCUGGACCGAUGCCGAUGCCGAGCGCGACAGGUCGAUACCAAGGUCGACCGGAGUAAGGCGAUGAAGCUCACUCCAGCUGAUGCUUGUGCACUUCAAAAGGCAUUGAGGGACAACCACAGUUUGAGUGGUGACAUGAAGCAGAUGAUUGAAACUGUCAUCGACACCAACUUGGUCAGCAAGCAGGCUCACACUGCUUCAUCAUCAGGAUCUACACCAGAUGCAUCUAUGACAACCUUCAUGGAGAUGGCUUCUGGCUUUAUGAAGAUGAUGGCCAACAUGACACAGAACAAGUCCUCUGGAACCUUGUCCAACUUGGUCAUAUCACCCAAGAAGGAGGAAGAGUCCACUGCUCCACCAUCUACAAAGCCACAGGCACUUCCUGCUCUAGAGGUGGAGCCUUUCAAGCCAAAGAUGAGAACUUCCACUUCUGGCAGUGGUGGUGAUUUGCUUCCUCUGGAAAAUGGAGAGGUGACCCAGCAGGAUGCUCCUGGUGACUCUGGAGAUGGAUCAGUCAUUGAACAGGCUGCUUUUGAUGCUUUGGUGUCCAGGGAGGCUGCCAAGAAGGCCACAAAGAAAGCCUCUACCAAGGAAGACUUUGUCUAUGAUCCUGGCUUCCCAGGCGCUGAGUGGAAAGGCAGAUCCUAUGAAUCAUGGACUUCCAAGCACUACCAUGCUGCAAGAGAACUUGCGCGCAACCAAGGGCUUUCUGAUGACGAUGCAAAGGGCUGUGCCAGAGAGGCUAGGGCCAAAUCAGCAGAGACCUGGAAGGCAACUUUUAAGCAGUGA